GUUAGUUUCGGCAGGUGUAACGCCAGAAAGUUCUCGAGCUCCAAAAUGUCGGACAAUCCUCGUCAAGAUCUGUUCCUGAAGAUUUCUAAAAACUUAGUAGACGAAGAACUUCGAGAUCUUCGCAACUAUGUCAGUGGUGCAGAAAUACUGGCAGCGGGAUUCGUCCAAAAAGCCAACGCUCACCAGAUCUUCAUACAAAUGGAAAAAGAAGGGAAGUUGAAGACUGGGGAUCUCUCGCUUCUUGCAGGCCUACUGACAAAAAUCGGCAGACAUGACUUCGCCGAGCAGGCAGAGAAAGUUGCUGAAGAUGAAAGGAAAGAUGCCUUUGAGUCGUUGAAGCACCUCUUGACAGAGGUGAAAAUAGCAGACGACUCCCGUACUGACACCUACAACAGACUGUCCAGGCACGUGGCUGAGUCAGGUCUGACCUUCCGUGCUGAGGUACCGAAGGAUGGAAACUGUCUGUUUCACGCCGUGGCCGAUCAACUCUUCCGUACAGAAGGGAGACGAACUAGCCACGUGGAGCUACGCAGACAGGCAGUUGACUACCUGAGGGAGAACCCGUACAAUAGCCGGGGUGAUCAUCUCAGAGCCUUCGUCCCAGAUCAGAACUGGGACCGAUACCUGGACUCCAUGUCACGUGACGGGACGUGGGGAGACCACAUCGUCCUACAGGUCAUGGCGGACAUGUUUGGUCAUGACGUCAGCAUCGUGUCGAGUGUAGAGGCGGAGAACUACGUCACCAUCCUGACGCCGAGUCCCGGGACUGCGGCUAGGAAGGAACCUCCACUUCUGCUGGGGCAUUAUGCCGAGAACCACUAUGCAAGUCUUGAUGCCAAAUCGUCCGGGCAGAUGAACCUGACAUCUACGCAACACAUGUACAGGAACACCAAAGGAAAGAAAGGUAAGCAUGCUGUUCUGCUGAUCAGCGACGAGUACGGUACGGCUAAAGGUGGCGUGUCGACUAUGAACUGCCAGGCGGCGUGUGUGUUAAGGGCUGAGGACGUGAAGGUGUACAACACAGUCCUGUACAACAAGGACAAACACAACAAGGAUAAGGACAGAGCCAUAGCCGAAGAUGGCGUUAUUUUACUAUUCCCCAAACUCCACGAAGGCGAUGACAGGGAGCCAUCUCUGAGCUGGCUGACGUAUGACCACCUGAGCCGUUAUCCAAGUCUUCCUGACGACAUCGGCUACGUCAUCGGCCAUGUAGACAUCACCAGCAAGGCUGCAAGAAAGCUCAAGGAAGAACGCCUCGAGCUCCAACACGCCAAGUUCCUUCUCUUUGGCCACGUGAUACCAGAAGAUACCGAGCACUACAAGAGUGACGAACGGGCGAUGGGGAUCGGAGACAAGAGCAAAGCCAUCCAAGAUGACAUGGAACAUGCUGACGUGAUAUUCUCCGUGGGGCCUGUCAUCUUUGACUACUACCAGAACCAGCUGAGGAGCUCAACACCGCACCACAUCUUCUUGCCGAAGCCGUCCGACAUCUUCAAGAACACAAAGAUGACGUACGUCGAAACGGAGACGAAGGUGGUGUUGUCCAUCGGCAGGGUCAAGGGCGUAGAGAGGCUGAAGGGCUACGACCUCGUUGCCAUAGCCAUGAACGACGUCAUCCAGCGUUUCCGAAGAGCAAAGUGGCGAAUCAAAGGAAUACUGAGGGACGCCUUCCAGCAGAGCAAGAGGAUCAUAGAUGCUAACAUCAGAUCGGGGUCCUUUCACUUCACGGCCUUGGAGUACGGCACGCAGGAGGAUCUGUGCCGCGACAUCCGGCAGGCCCACGUAGUCAUCAUGGCGUCCCGCGCCGAGCCGUUCGGUCUUGUCGGUCUGGAGGCCAUCGCUGCAGGCGUUCCCGUCAUCAUCUCCGACAGGUCCGGGCUGGCUGAGUUCAUCAAGAAGGACCUGGACCCCGAGUUCGACCGCAACAUCGUGGAGAUGGAGGGAGACGACGAACAGGACGCCAAGAGGCUGGCUAAGAAAAUCAUCAAGAUUUUUGAGAACGGACAGAGGGAACACGACGCUGCCCAGAGGCUGAAAGACAAACUCUGGAAGUCGGAGUACUGGAAGGAAUCUCACAAGCAGUUCCUCCUGGCAUGCGGCGUGGACGGCUGCUCUAACAGCAGAGCGGAAGACGCCGGUUGUGCAUCAGCGAGUGACAUCCAUCAGAAACAGCCCAGCACCAGCACGGUGUCCUACGAGAACCGAGGACAAAGGUCGAGGAAGAGGUCGGCCACCAGCGUCAUUUCAUCCGAUCUGGAAGAGCCGAGAAAGCGACGAAAACAACCGCCUGCAGCUGAAGCAAAGCAAGGACAAAGGACGAGGAAACGGUCGGCUGACAGCGUCAGUUCAUCCGACCUGGAAGAACCGAGAAAGCGACGAAAACAACAGCCUGCAGCUCGAGCAAAGCAGGCUGACGUGUCGAGGUAUUUCGACAAAGUGGUCCGCGGGGCCAGCGCCAACUGGGACGACCUGGCACGGAAGCUGAAGUUCGAGGAGAACGAGAUAGAUGAGAUACUGGAACUGAAACGUGGCAACAACAGCAGGUGUAGGGAGAUGCUGAAACGGUGGAGAAACAGGAAAGGCAAGGCUGGAAAAGCGGCGACUCUUCAAACUCUGAAGAAGGCUCUUACAAAAAUCGGCCACACACUCACCGCCGAGAGUUUGGAAGACGAAGAACUUCGAGAUCUUCGCAACUAUGUCAGUGGUGCAGGAAUAUUACCGGCGGGAUUCGUCCAAAGUGCCAACGCUCACCAGAUCUUCAUACAACUGGAAAAAGAAGGGAAGUUGAAGCCGGGAGAUCUCAGCCUUCUGGCAGACUUGUUAACAAAAAUCGGCAGACAUGACUACGCUGAGCGGGCUGAGAAGGUUGCUGAAGAUGAAAGGAAAGGACAAAACACAAGCCAAAUGCCGGCCGCCAGCGUCAGUUCAUCCGAGCAGGAAGAACCAACAAAACAACCACCUGGAACAAAGCAAGGUGUUCGUAAGUACUUCUUUUUCGUCAAGGAACGUGUCAGCUCAGAUUGGAAGGACCUGGCCUUCCAUCUUGGGUUUGAACAACCAGACAUCGACAACAUCGAUGGGAGAAACCGGGAUGACAAGUCCCGCUGUAUGGACCUGUUGGAGGAAUGGCUCAAGCGUAACGGAGAGAGAGCCACCAUAGAGGUCCUGAUGGAGGCUCUGUCUGAGGCAAACUUACAAAGUGUUGUGGACGGUCUGAAGGGCAUUCAUCUUGGAGCUGCCAUGGACAGUCCGGUACAGCUGACCUCCACACAGGUAGUGAACGACAGAAGGGAAGUCUCCAUCACACAAGAAGCGGAGAAAAUCCUCUCCAGCCUCCCUCCGCGCCCGGUGGACGUGGUCUCCGUGGUGGGACCCAUGAGGAAGGGAAAGUCUCAUCUUGGGAAUCUGCUGUGCAAGAGGAAGUCUGGAUUCCAGCUUGGAUCCGAACUAGUGUCGGAGACAAAAGAUUUCUGGUUCUGGAUCGGUCCCCAUCCCGUACAGUUUGACCGGUACAUCAUGGUUAUCGAUACUGAAGGUUUGGGUGACUACGCCGGCGAGGGGCAGAACGAGAAAGAUCUGAAGUACCUUGUUUUGGCCACGCUGUUCUCCAACCACCUAGUCUUCAACCUGCAGGGAAACCUGGACCACACAUUUUUAUCACAUCUCAGGAUUAUUGGAGACCUGUCAGAACACAUCCGUGUUCAGAAAGAUGGCGGUGACGAAGAGAGCGAUCUCGGUGAACACUUCCCGACGCUGUGGGUCGCCGUGCAAAACACGCAUCUGGAUCCACCUCAGGGGCUGUCACCAGAUGAAUAUCUGGAGGAAGUUUUGGAACGGAAAAAGGGACACAUGAGGGCGGUCCGCGAUCACAACGCAAUGACGGACGCAGUGAAAGAUUUCUUCCCAGAGCGACAUCUUCGACUUAUUCCUCCUCCUACAGCCGACAGGGAUACUUUGAGAAACCUGGACAAAGUGAAUGAUGACGUUCUACAGACAGAUUACGGCGAUGCCGUCAACAACUUCACCCGGGAAAUCUGGAACUCCGGUCUGGUCAAGACGGUCAAUGGAGCCGAGUUAACAACAACAGGUCUUCUGAACAUCAUGCGGUACUACGUCAGUGCCAUCAACGCCCCAAAGGCGAUGCCGUCUGUUCUGGGCGCGUACGAGGCCAUGGUGGAGGGGGAGUGCCGCCGGGCGGUAGACGACCGCGUGAGGCAGUUCUUGGAGACUGUUGAGGACACAGUGAAGCCGGUCAUGCCAACUGACCAGGAGGACUGCGACAAGAGAAUCCGGACAGCAACAGAGGACGCGGUUUCCAAGCUGUGCGAGGACGUGGGGAAAUGGGACAAGACUGGGACCUGGAAGAAACGUCUUCAGGAUGAACUGGAGAAAGAACGUCUUUCCUUACUUCAGCUGAAUAGCUCCAAGGCCAAGGAAAAAGAGGCCAGGGAAGAAGCAGAAAGGGCACAGGCAGAAGCGAAGAGGCUGGCGACAGAAGCGGAGAUAAAUAAAACCAUCGAAAGCAUCAGUUAUGGCGGCAGUGGGCAGGUUAACAUAGCAGGAAGAACGAUCUCUUAUAACACGAAAAGUAGAACCUACAACUGGCAACGUGUCUACAAAGGGACGGCCUGUGAUGUCUACAAUAAUAUCACCGGCAAGUCAGGGAAUCGCCAAAGCAAACAGGGCGCGGCGGAACAUGCAAUAAAAGAUGUGUUCCGCCAGCUGAGGGCUAACAACAUUAUCUGAACUUGAAAGUGCAUCUGUGUUGGUAGAACGGUUACUAGUAUUAUGAACAUUAUUGAACUGUAAUUGCAUGCCAACACAACACAUUGGGUGAGUCCAAUUUUUUGUGUUGGCAAUUACAGUUCAAUCUUGUUCAUAACAUUAUCUGAGGCUUGCAAUGAAAGCUAGCAUACGGCAGAAGAAGGCAAACUAUGCCAACCAUAGUACUUGACAUAAUUUCACCAAAUCCUUACGGCACUUCAAGUGACAGUAAGAAGGAUUUUACGGCAAGUUAUGACAGUAAAAAAAGUUUAAAGUGAUACACACAACUAAUGAUUCAAGUAAACAUUCUCACGGUCGGCAUCCACCUACGUACAUACGGUAAUGCUCAGGUCACAUUUCCAAGCCCAGCUGUUUGCAUGCACGAAACUGAAUAAACAA